AUAUCCCUCCAUGGAAAGUUUCAGGACGCUUCAUUUGGACACUUGGAGCGACGAGGAGAGUCCGCGCCGCCAACUUUACGCACGCUGCGUCCGUGGAUACGAGAGAGACCAGCGGCACAAGUUGCGCUUGUUGUUUGUGGAGAGAAAUCCGUCGACAUCCUCCAGCGAUGAAUAAUGGAACGAACCGAACCAUUGACCCGAGCUGCUGGGGGAAGCCUCCUCUCGCCAUCGACAUCAUCGUCAAUUUGGACAUCUUUGGCAUGGUCCUGUAUGGCAUCCUCACCUUCAUGGCGGCGUUGUCCAUGCUGCUCUACUUAGAGGAGUGUGUCUACAUCUAUAAGAAAGUGCCGUCCAAUAAGAAGAGUGUAAUCAUCUGGGUGAAUGGAGCUGCGCCGGUUAUCGGCACCAUGUCCUGUGUGGGGAUGUGGAUCCCCAGAGCCACCAUGUUUACUGAUAUGACCUCAGCCUGUUACUUUGCCAUCGUGGUGUUCAAGUUCCUGAUCAUGAUGGUGGAGGAGGUGGGCGGCGAUGAGGCUUUCCUGAGGCGGGCGGGGAAACACAAACUGAAGAUCAGCACAGGGCCGUGCUGCUGCUGCUGCCUCUGCCUGCCGCACGUCGACAUCACACGGCGCACGCUCUUCCUGCUUAAACUUGGCUCCUUACAGUUUGCCGUCCUGAAGACCGUCUUCACCAUCCUCUCCAUUGUCCUCUGGACCAACGGCUCCUUUGACCUGACUAAUUUGGAGAUCACCGGAGCCGCCAUUUGGAUCAACCCAUUCGUGGGCAUCUUGACGAUCACAGCCCUGUGGCCCGUAGCGAUCCUUUUCAUGCACCUGAGAACUACCCUGCGGACGCUCAAGAUCAUCCCCAAGUACGCCAUGUACCAGCUGGUGCUGGUCCUGAGCCAGUUGCAGUCAGCCAUCAUCAACAUCUUGGCCAUGAAUGGAACCAUCGCCUGUGCACCUCCUUUCUCUGCGCCAGCCAGAGGAUACAUGAUGAGUCAGCAGCUGUUGAUCCUGGAGAUGUUCAUCAUCACCUUGGUAACACGGCUGCUGUAUCGACGGCCCUACGAUCCUCUACCGGAAGAAAAAGAUGACAACUGUGAAAACACUAAGAUGGUCGCAGUAGCGGAGUCUGCAUGAGAACUGAGUGUGAGAGUGUGAGAGUGUGAGAGUGUGAGAGUGUGAGAGUGUGAGAGUGUCAGAGAGAGAGAGAGAGAUUUUUAUUUUCCUGCAUUUAUUUGCUUAAGAGAAUAUAUAAGAAAAUAUGAAUAAAUAUGAAUUAUAUAUAAACUAA